AUGAGGUUGACGAGAAAUGGCCACGCAACAGUAGAAGCACAACGUGCGAAUGAGUUUUUCCUGUCACUGGCAGCUUGCAAUACAAUUGUGCCAAUUGUUACCAACACAUCUGAUCCCAAUGUAAAGCUGGUAGAUUAUCAAGGAGAGUCCCCUGAUGAACAAGCAUUGGUCUAUGCAGCUGCUGCAUAUGGGUUCUUGCUCAUAGAGAGAACAUCUGGCCAUAUAGUUAUUAACGUGCGCGGAGAAAUGCAAAGAUUCAAUGUUUUGGGGUUGCAUGAGUUCGAUAGUGACCGAAAAAGAAUGUCAGUGAUACUGGGAUGCCCCGAUAUGUCAGUGAAACUCUUUGUAAAAGGUGCAGACUCAUCCAUGUUUACUGUCAUGGAUGAAACCUACGGUGACGUCAUAGAAGCAACCAAGAAACAACUUCAUGCUUACUCAUCUGAUGGGUUGAGAACACUUGUUGUUGGGAUGAGAAAGCUGAACGAUUCAGAGUUUGAGCAAUGGCAUUCUUCCUUUGAGGCAGCAAGCACCGCCUUGAUUGAUGCAAAUGCCAGUAUUGCAAGUAAUGACGAAAGUGUGGCCUUGAUUAUUGACGGUACCAGUCUCAUAUAUGUACUCGACAAUGAUCUUGAAGAUGUGCUCUUCCAAGUGGCGUGUAAAUGUUCUGCGGUACUCUGCUGCCGUGUUGCUCCUUUCCAGAAAGCUGGAAUCGUUGCGCUUGUAAAGAACCGGACUUCCGACAUGACUCUUGCCAUUGGUGAUGGUGCCAAUGAUGUCUCCAUGAUCCAAAUGGCUGAUGUUGGGGUAGGGAUCAGCGGCCAAGAAGGUCGCCAAGCUGUGAUGGCAUCUGAUUUCGCAAUGGGACAGUACGUUUUGUUUACUUGCUACACCUUGACAACCGCCAUCACAGAAUGGAGCAGUGUUUUGUACUCGGUCAUCUACACAUCGUUCCCUACUAUAAUUAUUGGUAUCCUUGACAAAGACCUCGGAAGGAGGAUGCUUCUCAACCAUCCUCAGCUCUACGGUGUUGGCCAGAGGGCAGAGGGAUAUUCCACUACGCUCUUUUGGUAUACAAUGAUUGACACAAUCUGGCAAAGUGCAGCUAUCUUCUUCAUUCCUCUCUUUGCUUAUUGGGGCAGUACCAUUGACACGUCGAGCCUAGGGGACCUAUGGACCAUUGCUGCAGUUGUGGUGGUUAAUCUUCACUUGGCCAUGGAUGUAAUAAGAUGGAACUGGAUCGCACACGCUGCCAUAUGGGGAUCCAUUGUUGCAGCUUGUAUAUGUGUUAUUGUGAUCGAUCUUAUACCCACACUCCCUGGUUACUGGGCAAUUUUCCAAGUGGCCAAGACAUGGAUGUUCUGGUUCUGCUUGCUUGCCAUUGUUGUGACAUCAUUGCUCCCUAGAUUCGCCAUCAAGUUUCUCGGUGAGUAUUACAGACCUUCUGAUGUUCGGAUUGCUAGGGAGGCUGAAAAGCUUGGAACUUUCAUAGGAUCCCAAUCCGUGGGAACUGAAAUGAACCAGAUUCGGGAUCCUCCAAGGAGAUAA